AUGUCUGUGGCCGCCGCUGUAGUCACGAUGGCUAAUGCCGUUGCCAGCUCUGCUGCUCACGCCUACUUCGAUGAGCGCUCCUACGCCCACUCUGGCCAUGGCUCUUCCUCGUCAUCCAACUCCACGACGGCCGUCACCGGCACCACUGCCCACGGCUCUUCCUCGUCCAACACCACCACUUCUUCCGACUCGUCUUCCAACUCCACUUCUUCUGACUCGUCUUCCAACUCCACUUCUUCCGACUCGUCUUCCAACUCCACGUCUUCGAUCUCUGGCACCACCUCACAUGGCUCCUCAUCCGGCACCUCGACGGGCCAUUCUGGCACAAGCGGAAAGCACGGUCAUAGCCAUACAUCAGGCGAUCCCUUCUACACCGACGUUCAAGUUUGGAUGUGGUAUGCGACCUGCGCCGUCAUUGGUCUUCUCGCCAUCUACCACGGAUAUCAGUUGCUCCAAAAGUGGCGCCGCCAGCGCAAAGCCCCUCUCACCGCAGAGAAGGCUACCGAGAAACGACUGAAGCCUUGGGCUGCCGCUUAUGCCGGCGGCAGAAACUGGUUGAACGCUACUGCUUUUCCUUCCUGGCUGUACGCUCCCGAAACUGUUGCCGACGCCUUGUGGACUUCUGCGUACAUGGUUGUCGUUUUCGCCAUUACUUUCCGUGAAUCCGCCGGCUGGAGUUUCGAUGCCCAUAGUGCCCAGGGUAUCGCGAAUUUGUUUGGUCAGAUGGCUUUCGCUCAAAUGCCCCUGAUCAUGUUCCUCGCCAUGAAGAACAACCCCAUCUCCUUGUUGACCGGCAUCCCGUACCAAAACCUCAACUAUCUCCACAGGGCUGGCAGUCGUUGUAUUCUCGUCUGGUCUUGGAUCCACACCGGUCUCUCUACCAUCAGAAUCACUGGUGGUAGGGAUAGCUGGUCCGCCACCUAUAUCAUCUGGGGAUGGGUCGCCCUCGCCGCCUUGACCCUGUUGACCAUGUCCUCUUUCACCAUCGUCCGACGUCGCUUGCACCAGCUCUUCUUCACAAGCCACAUCGUCCUCGCCAUCCUCUACAUGGUUGGCGCCUACAUUCACUGGGACGAAGAGGGUACUUGGAUCUGGAUGUGCUUUGUCAUCUGGGGCUUUGACCGAGUUGUCCGUUGGGGUCGAACGAUCUGGACCAACAGGCUCUGGAAAGCCGGUCGUGGUGAGUGUACUAUCGAGGUACUCGAGGGAGACUGCCUGCGCCUGUCCUUCAAGCGAUACGGCUUCACCUGGAAGGCUGGUCAGCACGUAUUUGUGUCUGCUCCCCGUGUCUCCAAGGGUCCUGUUGAGGCCCAUCCCUUCACCAUCUCGAACGCCUCUAACGACGAGCAUGAGGUUGUGAUUCUUUCUCGAGUCUACGGAGGUUUCACCAGGGACCUUCUCAAGGCCAUUUCCUCCACCUCCGACAAGACCGUUCGUGCCUACAUCGAUGGUCCCUACGGCCAGGCCCACAGUCUCUCUUCUUACGACCAUGUCUUGAUGGUGUCUGGUGGUACCGGUAUCGCUCCUUGGACCGCCCAGAUGCUUGAGCUCGUCAACAGCAAAAAGCACGCCCGCACGCAGCUCGUUCACCUCGUCUGGAUCGUUCGAGAGGCCAGUGUCAUCUCCUGGGUCGCUCCCUUCCUUGACCAGGCCGCCGCGCUCCUCAAAGCAAACCCCGCAAACAUCAAGCUUGCUUUCGACGUCUACGUUACCCGAGGCUCCGUCCCCGUCAUCAGCGAGACCAGCAGCGAUGGCUACUCUUUCGAUUCCGGAAGCUCUCAGCAAGAGAAGAGGGGUCUUGACACCCCCACUGAGAAGAGUGGCCAGCUUACACCUGACACGAGCGAGUCUGAAUACGACACCGUUGCCCAUCUCCCUGCCGCUCCCAAGGACAUCUCCUUGACCUCUUCCAACGAGCCUGCUCACCACAGUCUCGGCAAGCUCAUUUCCCCCGAGGCUAUGAGCUUUGUCCGCUUCCACAAGGGCCGACCGGACUUGAAGACUAUCAUCGAGCAAGAUGCCAGCACUUGUCCCGAGGCUAUGGCGUACGGAGUUUGUGGACCCCUCGGUCUCAUGCAGACUUGUCGAACGGCCCUCAAGCAGGCUUCCAACUUUAGCACUGUCCUCAAGGGCCAGACACCCAUCGACUUUUACGAGGAGACCUUGGGUCAAUAG